GGGGGGGUGUAGUGGUUUGUACUGGGAGGGCAUUGGGUAUGGGGUGGGUGCUCUCAGGUCCGUGUUCUAAGGCUCCCAGUAUGCCCAGUUCCAGUCCCAGAGCUCCCACUAUGCCCAGUUCCCCAUCUCAGGGCUCCCAGUAUGCCCAGUUCCUGUCCCAGUGCUCCCACAGUUCCCCAUCUGAGCGCUCCCAGUAUAUCCAGUUCCAGUCCCAGUGCUCCCAGUAUGCCCAGUUCCCCAUCUGAGGGCUCCCAGUAUGUCCAGUUCCCCAUCCCAGUGCUCCCACUAUGCUCAGUUCCCCAACUGAAGGCUCCCAGUACACCCAGUUCCCUGUCCCAGUGCUCCCAAUAUGCCCAGUUCCCCAUCUGAGAGCUCCCAGUAUGCCCAGUUCCCUAUCCCAGUGCUCCCACUAUGCCCAGUUCCCCAUCUGAAGGCUCCCAGUAUGCCCUGUGUUUGUAACCCGCAGCAUCCCAGUUGUCCCCAGUCCCCUCCAGCCUGCUCCAGUUUGCCCCUAGUGCCUCCCAGUGCUUCCCAGUAUAACCCAGCUCCUCAUCUCAGUGCAUCCCAGUAUGCCCAGUCCCCCUCCCACUCUCUCCCAGUGUCUCCCAUAGACUCUUCUGCUCCCCAGCUGCUCCACAUCCUAUCCCAGUGCCUCCCAGUAUAUCCCAGUUCCCCCAGAAUAUCCCAGUGACCUUUCCAUUAUAUCCCAGUAUAUAUCCUAAUAUAGACCCCAAUAUAUACUCCAGUAUAUCCCAGUUCUCCCAGUAUGUCCCAGUGAUGUUCCUUCCUCCCAGUAUAUUCCAGUAUAUAUCCCAGUUACCCUCAGUAUGUCCUUCCCAGUAUAUCCCAGUUCCUCCCAGUAUGUCCCAAUAUCCUCUCCAUAAUACAUCCCAGUUCCCCCCAGUGCGUCCCAAGUGACCUUCCCAUUAUGUCCUGCUGCAUCCCACUGUGUCCCAAUGAUGUCCUUCCCAGUACAUCCCAGUUAUCCCCAGUAUAUCCCAGUUCCCCGUUUGCCCCAACUCAUCAUCGGUCCCACACACCGCCGGAGAAGCGCUGUGCGACCGGAAGUGCCGCUCUAUCCGCCCACCUCUCGGUGACUUGGAAAGGAAGUGGCGUCACACGCCUACCACUCAGAGUGCUCCGCCUCUCAUCACGUGACUGCCACGCCCGUGUGACGUCACAGCGUUUGCGGAAGUGCGCGGGAGAGGCGGAAGGAGCGGGGCAUUUUGUCACCAUGGACCUUUUGUUUGGCCGUCGGAAGACUCCAGAGGAGCUGCUAAGGCAGAACCAGAGGGCGCUGACCCGCGCCAUGCGUGAGCUGGACCGCGAGCGCCAGAAACUGGAAGCCCAGGAGAAGAAAAUCAUCAUCGACAUCAAAAAGAUGGCCAAGCAGGGACAGAUGGAUGCAGUGAAGAUCAUGGCGAAGGAUCUGGUGAGGACGCGGCGCUAUGUGAAAAAGUUCAUCACCAUGAGGGCCAACGUCCAGGCCGUGUCCCUCAAAAUCCAGACCCUAAAAUCCAACAACUCCAUGGCCCAGGCCAUGAAGGGCGUCACCAAAGCCAUGGCCACCAUGAACCGGCAGCUGAAGCUGCCGCAGAUCCAGAAGAUCAUGAUGGAGUUUGAGAAACAGGCAGAGAUCAUGGACAUGAAGGAGGAGCUGAUGAACGACGCCAUUGAUGAUGCCAUGGGGGAUGAGGACGAUGAGGAAGAGAGCGAUGCAGUGGUGUCACAGGUGCUGGAUGAGCUGGGACUGAACCUCACCGAUGAGCUGGCCACCCUGCCCCCACCGGGGGGGUCACUGGCAGCAGGGGAGGGGCGGGCAGCUGAGGCUGCUGCUGCAUUGGCUGACGCCGACGCUGACCUGGAGGAGCGGCUCAAGAACCUCCGCCGGGACUGAGCCCCCACUUCUGCACCUCAAUUCCAUCGUGCCCCCCCUCCCCGGACCCCAGGCCUGACCUCAGCAACCUUCUGCCCCCGGAGAUGCCCUGCGCUGACCUCCAAACUUUGACCCCUCUUGGUGACUCGUCCCCCACCCCGGGGGGGCUGACUGCAUUGACUUUUGACUCCACCCAAAUACCCCCCCAGUGGGGGUAUCUCUGACAACACACUACAGAGCUUUUUCCCCCCCUCCAGGGGGGGGAGGGGAAUUGUCCCCUGCUGGGGCUACUUGCUCACCUAAGGGGUAUUUUUCCCCCCUCUUCAUCCCCUCCUUUGAGGAUAUUUGCUUUCUUCUCCAAUUUUUUUGCCUCCUUUUUCUGGGUUUUUGAUUUUCUUUUGGACUAUUUGCUUCCCUCUUUGAGUUAUUUGCCCCAUUCUGAGGGUUUUUGCACUCCCCCCCCCCCCCCCAGGGGUAUUGCCCCCCUCUCCUGGGGCAGUUGAGUGGAACUAGGGCAAUAAAGGCUGCACACUGGUACCUGCUGCCUCCCCCACUGCUUCCUGGGGCCCCCAGUGCAGCCCAACAAGGGACUGGGAGCACUGGGUGGGGAGGGGGAGUUCUCUAAUGGCUGCUGUGGGGUUGGGCACCGGUGGGACAAUGACAUCCUGUCUGAAACUGCACCAUCAGGUGGUCCAUUUUCAUGUUAGAAAACAGUGAUUUGAAGCCAAAAAAAGAAAGGUGCUGGAUGGACAUGGUGGCUGCAGCCCCGUUUUGGGGUGAAAACUCCCCAUAUUGGUGCACCCCACACUGCAAGGGCUUCUCUCUGCAGCGGGAAACCCUCUAAAUUCAUCCCACCCCAAGUAGAUGGAAAUUUUGGGUGUGAUUCCUGUUUUCCUCUGGUGGAUGUACAAACACGGCAAGUGGAGCAGAAAAUGAAGAUUUUUGGUUAAAAAGGAAACAAUAGCGAUUUACUUUUUUUUUUUUUUUUAAUCCAGAAAUGGCCACUUUUUGGUGUUUUGGGGUGAGGUGAGCUGCUUCGGUGACCCCAGCACCUCCUGGCAGUGGGAGUUUUGUGUUGGCCUGAAGCUGUUAUUCGGGUGCCAGCAAUGCAUUUUUUCCCACUUUGAUUAGAAAAAUGUGCUCAUUUUGUGCAGAAACAGAGAAUUUGCCAAUUUCCCAGUAAUCGCCACCCCUUGUAUUUUAUUUAUUUGCACUUCUCUCCCUGUUCAGACUUUGGCCCUUUUCCUGGGUUGCUGGCUGCGCACGGCCAACUGUUCUACUUUAGAAGUGACCCAAAAAGGACCCAAAAGACCCGAAAAUAACAGGGUUUACGUUGUGAGGAUUGCAGGUGGGAACAGAGACGAGGUAUGAGAGCCUUUUGGGGUUUGCACUAAGCCUGGUGGGUGAAGAACUCAGCAGAACCCAAAAUAGUUGGCUUUAGACCCAAAACUGUUGUGGUUUUAGCCCCAAAAUGGGGAGUUUUAUGGAGCCUUGCUGGAGCUGCGUGAGAAUGGGGUUGUUUGAGCCAUUGGGGUUGGUGUGAUGCGAUGGGAGAGUGUGUCCAUGGGUGUGUUGAAAUAAAUGUUUCUUUAUUAAAAUAUAUAUAUAUAUGUAUAUGAAUUUUAUAUUUGUUUUUAAUGUUUUUAUAUGUUUUCUGUAUUCCAUGCAUUUAUGUACAAAUAUGUGUGUAUUUAAAUCACAGUCUGUAGUUGGCCGGGCAGGAUGCUCACUAUCAAGCUCUUCCUCACUGCUGCCCUCCUCUUCCUCACCCACAGUGGGGCUGAUGGAGCUCCUGGAUCACCAAUGGGAAGGAAGCUUCUCCAACACUCUGCUUCCAGCUGGACUGGUUUUCAGAGGGUGGAAGGCAAGGAGUUGCCUUCCUGGCUGUCAUGGGAGCCUUUUGGUGGUGAAUUGCCAGCCGACACCGUGUCCAAUUGGAACGCCUACACCAACAUGACAGAGUAUGUCUGCUUAUCCAAGUCUUGGCACUGCAGCACUGGUUCCUACGUUCCGAGCCGGGGUCCAUUUUGCACUUUUGCAUUUGGAGGAUUGGCACAUAACUCCUAUGAAUUCAAGGUGUUGGUCAACAAAGGAAAGUUGGAGGCGCUGCGGUGGGUGGAUGAUUCAUUUGGUGAUGUACCUGAGAAUGCUGUAGAGGGUUGUGAGUCAUCUGACAUCUAUGUGGGGAGGAACCGGUACGGCCUGGGGAAGGUCUCCAAGGAGCAGAGGGCUUUAUUUGUGACGGUGGAUGGCAAGGAGGUGUGGUUCAAGUGGUACCAAGUCUUGACGGUGAAGACGGGCCCAGCAGGCAUCACCAUCUCAGAUGUCCUCUACAACGUGAGUGCAGCUGUGGAGCACAGUGAGGACGUCACCAUAACAAAGACCACAGUGAAAAACGAAGGCUGCCAAGGGACACGGCAAGAUGUCACCUUGGAAGAAGCCACUGAAGUGGAGCAGGACUGGGAGCUGGACCAGGAGAUCUUCAGCAGCGUCCGCGGGGUGCUGGAAGCCGGCCUCUUGGCCUUCAAUGGGAUGAGCUGGGAGGCCACCAAUGUCAUUAAUGUCACCUGGCUGGGAAAAGCCAGUGCUGGUGAGUACAUUGAACACACCCGCAAGGUUGAGCUGGAGAUGCAGCCCCGUACGACGUGCACGGUAGCCAUGGUGGGACGUCGGCUGGAUGCUCGCAUCCCAUUCACUGCAGAUCUCACCAGGGAUUUUGGUGAUGGCCAACCACACCAGGUGGAAGUGACAGGGGUGGCUCGCAGCCAGCAGGUGGUGGGUGUCCGGGCUGGCAUUGAGUGGUGCUGGCCCCUUCCUGGUUCAACACGGUGCUGAGCACAGCAGAUGGUGAUGGGGGUCACCAUGUGCAGCAGAAUGCCAUGCAAUGCAUUGUUUUUUUUCUCCAAUUAGUGUAUUUUUGCAGACUGCUAUGUCUGUUUUAUUUCCCCAGUAACCUACAUCUCUCCCUAAAAAGCCACAGCAACAAUGAGGAGUGCAGAAAAAUGCAUGUUUUUGCAAUCUUCAUCUUCUACUUUUUCCCCAUUUACCUCCAUCUCCCUCAGAAUAACACAGCAGCAACCCCAAAUGCAGGAAAAUGCAUUUCUCAUGAUCUCUGUUUUUCCUUUAUUUCACAACAACCAUCAUCCGAGCGCCUCUCUCUGAACCAGCACAGCAGCUGCACAUUGAGAAACCUCCCUGCACCCAGAGUUGGAUGGACAUAAUCUUCCACUGCGUUAUGUUUUCCUUUUCUUUUCCUGUUCUGUAAAGAACAUACUUGCAAAUCAAACAGAUCUACCCGUGUGGUUUGUUGGGAUGAGAUGAUGUGCACGUGUCUUGGCAUCAUCUCAGGAGGAGGAUGAUGGAGGCUUUGUCCUUGCAGGAUGUGCAUUGGGUCCCCAUAGGAUCCCCACUGGGUCUCCACUGUAUUCCCAUAGGAUCCCUGUUGUGUCCCCACUGUAUUCCCAUUGCUUCCCUGCAGGAUCCCUGUUGAGUCUCUGUUGUGUUCCCAUAGGAUCCCUGUUGGGUCUCCAUUGUUUUUUCAUAGGAUACUCACUGUGUCCCUGCUCUGUUCUUACUGCAUCUCCAUAGGAUCCCCAUUGGAUUUUCAUUGGUGUCAAGUCUGUCCCCCAACUACUGUGACUUUGGGGAGUCACGAGCCACAUCAGCAGUGUACAAGACACCCUCGUUCUCACCCCCCAUGCAACCUAAUGCACUCCUGUUUCCCUUGUCCCCCUCCCAUGCCAUACUUCCACUUUAAUUCUUUUGAAUUUCCCUCUGAAUUCCUCUAAAAUUUGCACCUGCAUCCCCAGUUCCGUGCAUUCCCGUGAGCAAGUUCUUGCUCUUGCCCCUGCAGAAAACAAACAAACAAAAAAAAACAACUAAAGAAACACCAGAGGAUGCAGAGAAACGGGUCAAACUUUUGUUACAGCAGUGGGGAGGGGAGAAAGCGGGGUGAACCCACAGGGAGGAGAUGUGGAGCCCUGGGCAUGUCGAGUGGUCCAUGAGGUAGGUCGGUGCUGGAGCAUUAAGGCCCGGGGAGGAGGUUGUCACUCGCUGCAGGAGUGACAAUGAAUAAAUACUGGGGGGAAAAAAAAACCAAAAAACA